CAAGAAACGGAGCAACUGAUGACGGCUGAAGCGAUGCUCUCAGCUCCCUUCUGCCUGAUUUAUUGUGGAGGUUCCUGGAGCUGAAUGGAGAAACAGAGAAGCGUGUGUGUACUGUACUUUGGGUAAAGUGAGAAAAACGGACGGAUCUACAAGGGGAAAUAAAAAGAAAGCAGCAUGAGUGAAGUAUAGAGGAGUUGGAAUAGCAACAUCUAACAAGAGUCAGAUGACUCCUCUUAGACAGAGAAGGCGGUAGAAAGGGGUUGGAGAAGGGAGGUCGUGUUUACAGAGUGCAGACAGAGAAGUGUGUUUCUUUUUCUCUCAGGAAGCAGGUGUGACUGCGCCUCCUCUUAGUGUGUCAGUAACACUCAGCGCACACGCAAAGGAUUGCUCCAGUGCCAGAAGCCGAGAGAGACAGAGCAGUGUUGGAAGGCAGCUUGUUCACUGGACAGAAAAUCAGCUUGCAUGACAUAACAGAACAGACAAAAAGACUCCGCAAGGACGACAAAGAGACUGAAUUGUACCAGAAAUUGUCCAUCAGCCAACGUCCAUCAGAAUGUCCUCAAACGAGCUGAGCGCCCCAGACCCGGAGCCCUGCAUCCGCACCUUCAAGGAGCACAUGCGACUGGAACUGGAGCCCCCCAGACUAGUCACAUCUCCCAAAGUGUCCCCACGCAGCUCCCCGCGGCUCUUCCGCAGACUCAUGGUCAACAAGGGUAGCCGCCACCGACGGCGCUUCACAGUCGCACACACUUGUUUCGAUGUGGAGAAUGGGCCGUCUGCAGGAUGCAGUCCUUUGGAUCCACAGGCUUCCCCUGGUUCAGGGCUUAUCCUGCAUCCCAACUUCUCCCAACCCGGACACAACCAGCGGCGGGAAUCAUUCCUGUACCGCUCAGACAGCGACUACGACCUUUCACCCAAGUCCAUGUCCCGCAACUCCUCUGUCGCCUCCGAGCUGCAUGGGGAUGACCUCAUCGUCACGCCUUUCGCCCAGGUUUUGGCAAGCCUUCGAAGUGUCAGAAACAAUUUCACAGUGCUGACUAAUGUACAGUGUACAUCAAACAAGAGAUCACCGGCCACAACGCAGCCGCCCCUCACCAGAGUCUGCCUGUCUGACGAUUCGUACCAGAAGCUGGCUGUGGAGACCAUGGAGGAGCUGGACUGGUGCCUGGAUCAGCUCGAGACCAUCCAGACCUAUAGGUCCGUCAGCGACAUGGCCUCCAACAAGUUCAAGAGAAUGCUGAACAGGGAGCUGACGCACCUUUCUGAGAUGAGCAGAUCUGGCAACCAGGUGUCAGAGUUCAUCUCCAACACCUUUCUAGACAAACAGAAUGAGGUGGAGAUACCGCCGCCCACACCGAAGGCACGGGAGAAGAAGAAGAAGCAGCAGCUGAUGACUCAGAUCAGCGGGGUGAAGAAGGUGUCCCACGGGCCCAGCCUCAACAGCGGCAUCACCCGCUUUGGUGUCAAAACCGACAAGGAAGAGCUGCUGUCUAAGGAAUUAGAAGAUCUCAACAAGUGGGGCCUGAAUAUCUUCACCGUGUCUGAAUAUUCCAACAAUCGCCCUCUCACGUGCAUCAUGUAUGCCAUCUUCCAGGAACGAGACUUGCUCAAGACGUUUAAGAUCCCGACAGACACGUUUGUGACGUAUAUGAUGACGCUGGAGGAUCACUACCACUUGGAUGUAGCCUACCACAACAGUCUUCAUGCUGCUGAUGUGGCCCAGUCCACACAUAUACUCCUCUCCACACCUGCACUAGAUGCCGUCUUUACUGAUCUGGAGAUCCUGGCUGCCAUUUUUGCAGCCGCCAUCCAUGAUGUAGAUCAUCCAGGUGUUUCCAACCAGUUCCUCAUCAACACAAACUCUGAGCUGGCUCUCAUGUAUAAUGAUGAGUCGGUGCUGGAGAACCACCACUUAGCUGUAGGCUUCAAACUGCUCCAGGAGGAGAACUGUGACAUCUUCCAGAACCUCACAAAGAAACAGAGGCAAUCACUCAGGAAGAUGGUCAUUGACAUGGUACUUGCCACAGAUAUGUCUAAACACAUGAGCUUACUAGCCGAUCUGAAGACAAUGGUUGAGACAAAGAAGGUUACCAGUUCAGGGGUUCUGCUUCUAGACAACUACACUGACAGGAUACAGGUUCUUCGAAAUAUGGUGCACUGUGCUGACCUGAGCAACCCCACCAAGUCUCUGGAGUUGUAUCGCCAGUGGACAGACCGCAUCAUGGAGGAGUUCUUCCACCAGGGUGACCGUGAGAGAGAACGUGGCAUGGAGAUCAGCCCCAUGUGUGACAAACACACUGCUUCUGUGGAAAAAUCACAGGUUGGUUUUAUUGACUACAUUGUCCAUCCGCUGUGGGAGACGUGGGCCGACCUGGUCCACCCUGACGCGCAGGACAUCCUUGACACACUGGAGGACAAUCGGAACUGGUACCAGAGCAUGAUUCCUCAGAGUCCCUCACCACCCUUCUACCAGCCUGAAAAAGAGGGGCACGGUGGAGGACCUGUGGCUGACAAGUUCCAGUUUGAGCUCACGCUGGAGGAAGAGGACUCAGAAGGCACAGAAAAAGAUGAACAGAGUCAGGGAGAUGAGGAGGAAGAGGAGGAAGAAGAAGCAGAGGAGGAAGAUCGAGAGGAGGAGAUGGAGCCGGUUACCACACACAUCCAGAUCGUAACUGAAGACGCCUCACCAGUGGAUACAUAGAACCUUUUAGCCCAUUUUAAUGGCUAGUAACCAUUUCUUUCCCUCGCAAUCUGGCAGUUGAUGCUUUUUAACAAAGCCCAGAGAGAGAGUGGUUUUUUUGGCCCUCUUGGGAGGCGCAUGACUGGCCCUCCUUGCACUUAGGUUUUGGAGCCAGUUAGGUUGGAGCUCUCAGGAAAUAAAUGCUGCAGACAUUUUUUUUUUGGAGCUGAAUGACUGACGGUUGACUCUGAGAUACAGAAGAAUUGGGGCCAAUCAUAGACUUGUGUUUGUCUAGUGGACGAACAUUUGCGGAGUUGACACUACUGAGAGAUUUUUUGUACCAAGUAAAAUUUUUUCUAAAGCUAUCGGGAUUAGUCGGGGUAGCAUACGAACUACUGAUGAACAAGUAUUUGUAAAGAAAGAAACUGUUUACUUUUCUGUACCAUUUGUCUAAAGACUUUGUGUGCCUUUUUUACUAUUGUCUUUUUAAUGGUCUUUUUUAUUUAUUGAACUCACUUUAGUAUAACUGUACAUGGAAUUUUUUUUUUUUCUAAAAGCAAACCAGACAGCUUACACGCAGAGUCCUUUUCUAUAAACCGAAGAGAAAACUCAGUGUCUUCCUUUAUAUUUGGCAAUAGAACGAAAUAAUCCAAAUGUCUGAAAUGUAUAUUCCAGUCAAAGAUGCACUUUGUCAGUUUUUUUAUACUCGUCCACUUCUUUUGGUCUUGUUUAGUUGUAAAUUUGCUACGAGCUCAUUUUGUAUGUACACACAAUUCACAAUAAGCAUUUAAAGCAUAAUGACAAUUCGAAACUUGGCAAAUCAAAAUCGAAUGCACUUACGCAAAGAUUACAGAGCUCCUAAAUAUACCCAUUGGAUAUAAGCAAACUGAAUUAAGCUGUAUUUAUAUUCGAAUCCCUUCUGCCUCCCACUUCCCAGAGUUCACUUUUAGAAAACAAGGUCAAAUAUUUCCUUCAGCUUCCAUUCAUUAAUGUCAGAUCUCACAGUAAGCAUUUCUCACAGAAUUUCACACAGUAUAAUGCUGUCAUGGUUUAAUUUGUGAAUCUCACUUGAAAAACCAACCAUUAUUUAAAAAAAGCAAAAAUAAAAUCUAGCUUUAAAUAUUUAAACCCAAAUAAAAAAAAAAACUACUUUACACCUGCAUUAGACCAUUCGAUUAGCCCACAUUAUACAUGUUACUGUCCUCUUUAUUACCAGUACAUAUAUUUUAUGGCCAAAGUAGUGUGUAUGUGAGUGAGUGUGUGUGUGUGUGUGUGUGUGUGUGUGUGUGUGUGUGUGUGUGUGUGUGUAUGAGAGCGCACUUCUUUCACUUCUAUCAUCUACCCAUGCUAUUUUUACACACCUCCUCUGUUUGGUUUGUUUAUCUUAGCUGAAGUCGGUCCUUUGCUGUUUAUAACAGUGUAUUUAUUACCUUUGUAAAUACGGAAUGAUGUUUCUUUGUAAAUUUAUUUUUAAUUUAUAUGCACUUGCAUUACCGAAAUUUGGUGGUGUUUUUUGUGUAGUGGGCUCUUGAAUUGAGUCUGUUAUAUUUUGUAAUAUUGUUUUUUUGUUUUUGUUUGUUUGUUUGUUUUAAAUAUUGCUGAAUAAAUAUAUAUAUUAUACUAUAUAUGCUAUAUAAAUAUAUCACACAAUAUACAACUGCCCAGAAAAGUAGCUUAAAGACACACAACCCAUUGGUUAAGGGGAGCGCCUGUAGAUAAGACACACGAACAUACUGUAGACAUCCGUCAGGCAUUAGAAGCUUUGUGUAUCACUGUUUGGUGCAACAUUGAAAAUUUGAUACCACGAGAUCACAGAUAAAAUGGCACUCGGCUCGAAACCUCUGCAGAUUUUUGAAUGCAGAUUGCUAAGAAAGGCUCAGAAUUAUUUAUACAAUGCUGGACUCUUACACCACACAUAUUGGUCACAAAUAUCACAAUCUCUGAACACCAAUGUGAAACUGAUUAAUUACACAAAAAAAAAUGUGAUCUUCUGUAAUUAUUUGUGCUAAUGUGAACUAUUUUUCUGACCUUGUUAGCAGUUUUGAAAUUCAAUUUGUCACUAUAACUUUGUUAAUCUAUGUUUAAGAUCUUUUGGUCCAAUUUGUGUCCAAAAGGAUUAGUCAGAGUUAGUAAUAUCUGCAUGAGGGAUGGUUUUUCGUCUAGUAAUCCCACAUUGUUGCAGGUGAAUAUUUAAUGUUUCACACAAUGUAUGGUAUAAUAUUGUAUAUUGUGUUCAAUAAAAUCUAAAACUACUUUUCUAUGAAGUGAUUAAAAAUGACGCAUGAAUAUA